AGAUGAAAGGGAGAGCUGGGUGGCAGAGAGUGAGAACCGAUGGUUGGUUGAAUGGAGGGAGGGUCGCACGUUCACUUUCGACAAUGACUUUGUGGGCGCUCAGCUGAGCUCAGUCCCCUGCGCGCCAUCCAAUGCUCCAAGCCGCCACUGUGACUGUAGUGACUAAAUUAGCGGGCCACAAGCGUUGACGGAUUUUCCAGUGUGUGGAAUAGACUAGGACCAUAAGAAAAUUGAGUGCAGAAGUUCAAGAAUAAUUAAUUAACGGUGUGUGUGUGUGCUUUUUCCACUAUGAUGACUCGGUUUCAUAGUAUUUUGUGGACUGUAGUGAGUAGUCUAGCUGUUGUGACAUUUGCGAUCACCAACGAGGCCGGUCAUUUCAGUCCUGACCAAUUCGCCGAUCUGUCACAGUUUCAGACAUUUCCUCGCCAUCUAGUGAGAAAUCCUCUGUCUCCAGUUCAACAGAACCAGAUACUCAGGGACGUUCAACAGCAUCAUAGGUUCCAAUUGCAGCAGUCUCAGCCUCAGCCAUUGCCAGUCCGUGGCAAUGCAGGUAAUCCGCUCUACCAGCAUCAGUUCACAUCGUCAGCUGAACAGAACCAACCUAUUCAACAAUUUAAUAAUGCUCAAAACAAUUAUCAUCGACCUUUACAAUCAAAUCAACAAUCUCAGCAAGCAUUCAUUCCUCAAUAUCAUCACCAAACACAACAGCAACAACAACAGCAUCAGCAUCUACAACAAAACCAGCUGCUUCCACAACAAAACCAGCAGCAAGGGCAGCUGCCUUACAGAUCUAAUAUAAACAGCCCUCUGGCUAUUCAGAACCAAGAUUCUUCAGCCCCUGAAGUCAGAAUAAAUUACAGUCCUCAAAAUAAUUUCCCACAACAGAGUAUAAUUAAUCAAGCUCUGCAUGCCAGUGCUGAGCAGACUGACUUCCAUCCAACUUCUGCAGAAUCAGCUCAAAGUGACUAUGUACCAAAGAUUGGUAAUCAACAGCCAAGCAAGAAGUUUGUAUCUUUACAAUCUAGUAAUAGAUUUUUCAUACCAGAUCGCCCAGACCAGCAAGUAAGAUAUGUCCAACCACAGUUCACCUCAUUUGACAAUCAAGUGCCUAGUACUGGAGAAGGAAAAUUGAAACCUUUUCACCUCUCACCAACAGAAAAGCCACUAUCUGUCCCAACAGCCAGUUACAAUACUGAAAGAUCUCAGUCUGUUGGACACAACAAUGUUGUACUGGAUACACAGCCUAAAAUACAGUAUGUUUACCAAUCCACUACUUCUAAACCAACCACAGAAGAGCCAACCCAGAAAUACUACAUCAAACAAGUACACAAAAAUGGUGUGAGACAACAGAGUACCAAAAGUACAAGUACAAAGAGGGUACCAGAAGCUUCAACAUUCUCACCUAUCUAUGCAUCACCAAGUCCCACUUCCUCCUCAGUUCCUGUUGUUACAAUCGGGCAAAGGACUCGAGCUACAGCAGCAGCAGCACCAACAAAGAAAGCUGUUCGAACCAGUACUGAACCAUUUGAUAGGCAAAAACUAAUUGAGCAGUUGAUAAACUCUCAACAGACACAGACCAUUGUCAGGUCCAAUGAUGAUGAUGACCUUGCUUCAAUCCAUGCACAAGUUCUCAAAAAAGAUAACUUACUGAAAGGGCUGCAAGGUGGAACAGUUAUCACUUCUGAUCAACUCUCAUCACUACCAGACAUUCAAAAACUCAUAGCAGGGAAUAAUGCAUCAUCAUCACUUUUCCUUGGAAAUGGCCAACAAGUGAAAAUUAUACAAAUACCUGACAAGCCAAAAGGCGAUAAGUCUUAUACAGACAUUAAAAGUAUUAUUGCCAAUCAGCAGAGACCAAGCACAACAACCACCACAACCACAGCUAAGCCUCCAAAAGUUAUUUUUGAAGAGCUGACAAGAGGUGUUUUACCACCUGGAGCUGAUUUUGAAGUUAUCAGACAGAAGCAGGAUGGAGAACUGGAGGAGAUUGGUAAGAUUCCACAAAACCUUCAAAAGAAAGUUACCUUUGUCAUACUUGAAGAACACCCUGAUGGAACUGUUAAAGUACAGGGAGUGAGAGGAAAUGAAAAUUCUAAAGCCAAGGAUGAGGAUGUCGACUCAAUCAUUAAGAAGAUACAAGAGGGUGAGAUCAAACUUCCUCCUUCCACAAAACUAUCACAUGGCAACUCUCGGCACAUCAGCUCAAACAGUGCUACACAGGAAUCAGUUCAGACACCAGCAUAUGUACGACAUGACAGUGCAAAGAUGCAUCUAACACCAGAUGUGAGAGUGUCAGGUGAUGGCUCCAGUGGCUCAACGUUAAAGUAUAGCCCAUCAACUACAUUGCAAUCAACAACACCAGCUGCCAAUAUAGUGAGACAAUAUACACCCACAUCAGUCCGGCAACAAGAUAAGCAGUACAUAAGUACAGUCAGCCCAUUCCCAAACGCACAUGCUAGGCCAACCUUUGCCCCUGCAUCAGCUGAGGAUGCAGUUGUUCAGCAGCACAUGCCAAGUCCUCGACCUGCAUCACGACCUAACUCUCCCGCUUUCCUGCCUACACCACCAGCCACUCUUGAUGACGACCCAUCCAUUGGAAUCAACUCAGUAGCUGCAUCCCCAUCUACUGUUUUCUUGUCAAAGCCCACUAGGAUAACACACCGCUUCUCCUCUUCAACAUCCACUACUACACCCUCACCCCCCUCAUACAGCUCCACCACUGACCGAUCUUCUCUACCAGAUGAUGACCUAGUGGAAAUUUUGAGAAAAAAUGGACUUUAUGCAAUGGCUCGAUACCUGAAGCAGUCUGGCCUUGAUAGUGUUCUCAAUGAGACAGGACCAUAUACACUGUUUGUGCCCACGGAUAGAGCUUUCCGUGCUUUACAAGUUCAGUUAGGAGGACCAGAUAAAGCUGAAGAAAAAUUCAAAGAGAACCCAAGACUUCUAAGUGGUUUGCUGCUGCAUCACGUGGUGCCAGGCGUGUUCACAGCUGAGUCACUGCAGGACGAGAUGACGGGGGUGAGUCUGGCCGGCACCCAGCUCAGGGUCAACACUUACACCACGCAGGACAUCGAGUGGAACGACAUCAAGGUGCGCACAGUGAACGGAGCCAGACUGAUGGCGGACAAGCAGAACGUGGAGCUGCGCCAGGGGUAUGCGCAUGCGGUCGACCGGGUCCUCUUCCCACUUCCGGUUGGUGACCUCCUGCAGACGCUUCGAGCCGACCGCGACGCCCGCUUCACACACUUCCUAGCCGCCCUCGCCCGAUCCGGCGUCGCCAAUAUGCUCACAGGGUUGAAAACGUACACGGUGUUCGCACCUGUUGACUCGGCGUUCAAGGCGGAGGACCUGCAGCGCAUAGAGAGCGAGGGCGCUGCCAAGAGGUUCGUGCUGCGGCACCUGACUGCGGGCACCCUCUACAGCGCCGGCAUGAGGUACUACCAGCUCAGGGACUCCAUGGACAAAUCAUCGCAUCUCACACUUUACAAGGAAGCCGGUAAUGUUAAGGUGAACUCAGCACAUGUACUAACAAGGAACAUUCCAGCCACAAAUGGAGUAAUCCAUGCCAUAGACGCUCUUUUGUGAGGCACAAUAUUUCUGAACAAGUUUCUUAAGCGAAUAUCAAAGUUGCCGUCUCAAUUUUAUUUUAUGUUUGUAAAUUUGUAAAUAAAUAUUGUACUUUAAUUUUAUAAAUAUUGAUGUUUUAUAAAGAA